AUGUUCUGGUCCUCAACUGUGGGAUGUUCUCGCCUCAGCGUGUGGGAUGUUCUGGUCCUCAGCGUGUGGGAUGUUCUGGGAUGGAUUCUGGUCCUCAGUUUGUGGGAUGUUCUGGUCCUCAGUUUGUGGGAUGUUCUAGUCCUCAGCGUGUGGGAUGUUCUGGUCCUCAGCGUGGGACCUGAGUGGACCCCGAUCCGGAUCCAGACCGGGAUGUUCUACGUGUGGGAUGUUCUGGUCCUCAGCGUGUGGGAUGUUCUAGUCCUCAGCGUGUGGGAUGUUCUGGUCCUCAGUGUGUGGGAUGUUCUGGUCCUCAGCGUGUGGGAUGUUCUGGUCCUCAGCGUGUGGGAUGUUCUGGUCCUCAGUGUGUGGGAUGUUCUAGUCCUCAGCGUGUGGGAUGUUCUGGUCCUCAGCGUGUGGGAUGUUCUGGUCCUCAGUGUGUGGGAUGUUCUAGUCCUCAGCGUGUGGGAUGUUCUGGUCCUCAGCGUGUGGGAUGUUCUGGUCCUCAGUGUGUGGGAUGUUCUGGUCCUCAGCAUGUGGGAUGUUCUGGUCCUCAGUGUGGUCCUCAGCGUGUGGGAUGUUCUGGUCCUCAGUGUGUGGGAUGUUCUAGUCCUCAGCGUGUGGGAUGUUCUGGUCCUCAGUGUGUGGGAUGUUCUAGUCCUCAGUGUGUGGGAUGUUCUAGUCCUCAGUGUGUGGGAUGUUCUGGUCCUCAGCGUGUGGGAUGUUCUAGUCCUCAGCGUGUGGGAUGUUCUGGUCCUCAGUGUGUGGGAUGUUCUAGUCCUCAGCGUGUGGGAUGUUCUAGUCCUCAGUGUGUGGGAUGUUCUAGUCCUCAGUGUGUGGGAUGUUCUGGUCCUCAGCGUGUGGGAUGUUCUAGUCCUCAGCGUGUGGGAUGUUCUAGUCCUCAACGUGUGGGAUGUUCUAGUCCUCAGCGUGUGGGAUGUUCUGGUCCUCAGCGUGUGGGAUGUUCUGGUCCUCAGUUUGUGGGAUGAUCUGGUCCUCAGUUUGUGGGAUGUUCUAGUCCUCAGUUUGUGGGAUGUUCUAGUCCUCAGCGUGUGGGAUGUUCUGGUCCUCAGCGUGUGGGAUGUUCUGGUCCUCAGUGUGGGUACCUGA